AUGAGCUGCACAAAUUUGACAAAAUUGUCCUCUUUUCGUCUCGAUGCAAAGCAUGAGGCAUUAUUAAAAGAGUUAGACCAUGAAAAAAUUUUAUCUCAACUAAUUUACGAAAAAAGCCUGAAGGAAAAAGAAAUGUAUUUAAACGAAAUUAAAAGGCUUGAGUCAGAAAAAAGGAAAAACUUACGAAGGAGCCAAGAACUUGAAAACAAGUACAGAGCAAGCAUCAGGAUCUCAAAAGAAAAUGAAAAUUGCUCAAGCAGGUGCAGAAGCACCCGAGUUCCCUUUACAGAAAUAAAUCCAAACCAGCCCAGAUUCCAAGAUAAAGGAAUUUCGCCUAUUAAGAUAAUACCAAAAAGAAGCUUAAGCAACCAUUUUUCGAUCUGUGUGAGCACGCAGACUGAGAAGGCAGCAUCUCCAGAAGUAGAAGAGCCUGCUUUUCUUGAUACUGCUGAGUUGGUUUCUCAAGGAUCUAUCAUAACAGCUUUAAAAAAUUCAAAUUUGUCGAUCCCGCUACCGUUGAGGUCAUCAAGUACCAAAUCGUCGGGGACAAGCACUAAAAGAUCAGGCCAAAAUGGAAUUUCACCAGAAGAUGGAAGAAAUUCAUCAAGGUUUUCUAAUUAUGCGGAGACAUCAAGGAAAAAUCCUCUUGACUCUUUGCAACAGGAAACAGAUAGGAAUCCUAUGACUAUAGAAGAAGUAGGCUUGGAAACAAGAGAAUUUCAAUCAGUAGCUGACAUCGAAAGUCUGGAAUACUCAAAACUUUCUGAAGAUCUAAGCCCAUAA